AUGGCCUCAGGUCUCCCCAUUCCACUCCCUCCCCGGACACCCACUCCGCCGCCAGAUAACAACCUGGCUUCUCCUGCUGAAAACAUCUCAAUGGGAUAUCAGCAACAAGGUUCUCUUGAUCCAGCAUCACUUUCACCAUUGACAGACACCUUUCCCUCCUCAGGAUCUUCAGGUAUCUUCUUCUCGCCAUUGGCCGCUAGAGGUAUUAAUGCUUACCAAUUUGUACCAAUAGAUGCAUCUUGGAAUUCUUAUAGGCGGCCGAGUCUGGAUGUCCCGAGCCCUUUUAAUUUUAAACCCACAACUUUAGCAAAAACGCCGGUUCUGAAAUCGAACGUCGGACAGCGCCGUGGGCACAAAUACAAACACAGCAGCGUAUCUCACCAGAUAUUCCUUGAACCACCUCCAAGGGCACCCUUGGCUCUUCCAAAUUCGCUGCCAAUCCCAACGUUUAAAGAAUACCGCAAGAGCAUGUCCAGAGACCAAAAGGCUCGGUUCUGGUGGAGUUUAUGCCAUAUGGCAGUGGCAGGAUACACAUUAUGGAGCGCUCAUGGUUCCAUGGCCAUGACUGGCCUCUCUCAUUUGAUGCUUUUCGACUCUCUCGGGGCAAUGCUAUGCGUUGUGGUUGAUAUUCUUGGGAAUUUCGAGGUCUGGAAACGAUCUAGUAUCCGGCAUCCAUUUGGAUUAGAACGGGCAGAAGUUGUUGCUGGGUUUGCCUUAUCCGUUUUACUCUUCUUCAUGGGAGGUGAUCUGAUUUCCCAUACGGUGCAGCAUGUCCUUGGAGGCUCCCACCAUGCACACCCUCACGAUGAACAUGACUGGGUGACUCCUGGCAGCGUGGAUAUAACAGCACUCCUUUCAAUUGGCGCUACCCUAAUUUCUGCCAUUGGGCUCAAAAACCAUGGGCGUAUUGGCAAAGCAAUGCGCGUAACCUAUAUACAAUCGCUACCCUCCCUACUCAGCAACCCCGCUCAUUUUCUCACUCUAUCAUGUUCCUCGCUUCUUCUGUUACUUCCUUUGCUAUCAAUGUCCUUCUACACUUUCCUAGAUCCCAUUAUUUCUUUUACUCUUGCGUUCUCUAUGUGUGCCCUAGGGAUUCGGCUAGUAGUGAAUCUAGGCUCGAUGCUGCUGAUGUCAUAUGCAGGGCCUGGUGUUUCUGCUGUCAUGAAGGACAUUGCGGCACACCCAUCAGUCACAGACGUCGAGGAAGCUCGCUUCUGGCAGGUACACUAUGGCUUGUGUAUGGCUAAUAUCAAGCUUAGAGUGGUCGGGUCAGAGGAAGCGGUCACCCUACUCAGAGAACGGAUAGUCAAUAUGAUCAAACACCGGCUUGGAGGCGAAUAUGGCACAGGAGUGCAGAAAUGGGAGGUUUCUUUACAGUUCACUGUUGCUUCGACAUGA